AUGCGCGGUUACGGAAUCCAGCGUCUGAAGUCGCCAAGCAACGAUGCGUAUAUGCUGGAGCUGGUGCUGAAUGGCAUUGCGAUGGCGAGGAUUCCGAGCGAUACUUUGUUGGGCGCUGAGACCGGGAGGCAGAGUGAGCGGUCUUGGGCUGGCCGAAUUGAUGUUCGAUCCAUUGCGGCAGUACAUAGGCUGGUGAACUCUGGGAUGGUUGAGCCGCCUAUCUGCUGUAUUGUGCUAGUUGCGGAUAUGGUGGAGCAGCAGGCAAGAUCUUUGCAUAUGCACCUUGCGCAACAAACAGUGGAUAGCCUUCUUGGCCAGUGCAUUGCAUAUGUUUCCAGGAGAUCGGCGUUCGUUCGGAGCUUGGAAGCAACAGAUGAUGAUCGGCAGUCGUUUGAAUUGUCACUGAGGGUUAUCAGGACACUGGUGGUGCACACAGGCAUAAACGUCAUGGAAGGGUGGAGCAGGCUGUCGAGGUCGGCGAUGGCGGUUCGGGUGUUCCAACGGUUGUCUGACUUCGACGCUCAGCUGGGCAAUACACAUACACAGAAUGCACUUACACUGGGCAUUAUUACCAGACUAUUGGACGGCCUGCUCUCAACGCCGAUUCACAAGGAUAUUUUGGCACAGUGCGCAAUCGGCAUGUUGGAGAAGCACUCCAGAUUUAUUGGCGCCAUUUCAGAAGACGCACUGGCGGCUCUGCUGCAGGUCCUGUGCAAGGCUGCUGAUUAUGAGCAUGUAGCAACAUGGGCUCGCCAUAUCCCUGCUCCCACUAUCAAUGCAGAUAUUGCCAGGACCGUGCUAAUAGCGCUGCGAAAACAACAGAUCGCGCUCGUGCGUGGUAAUCGACGGUUCUUGGCACGGCAUAUUGUCGGUGCGCUUGGCCGGUACCGCCGGGACUCCCUCACAGCGGCACAUUUGACGAAGCUUCUCGAGAUCGAGAUUGGCGCUGCGCCUGUAUCGGCAUCGAUUCCACGGGCGCUGGACAUUUGGCUCAGCAGCUUUCGCAAAUUCGGGAUUGUGCCGACGAUCGAGACGUUCACAGUUAUCAUAGACGCCACUGUGUCGUUUACGCUGCCGGAUCGGACACCUGUCGUACUCUCUGCACCUGCACCAAAUGCAGUCACGUGGGCGAGUGUUGCUCGCGUGUGGUGCCAAACAGGAGAUUGGGACAGGGUCCAUAUGACAAUGGCAAUGAUCAAGCAGAGCGGCAACAAAAUAUCACCGCGCCUUGUGACGCGGGUUGUAUCAGAGGCAGUGGAUCGCGGCGAUGUUGCAAAAGCACAUCAGUUCUGGACAGAGUAUGGCUGCACUGCCGGCAAGGCAGCCAACGGCGAGGCAUUGGCCAAACUCAUUUUCGGAUACGCGCGUAUCGGCGAUGCUGUAGCAGCCACAGAGCUGUUUGAGUGUGCAUGCGCCUGUCAGACCCGACAAACUGGUCGACAGUCGAACUUGGCCGCCCAUCUCACCGGACUGCUAAAUACUGUUCUGCGAUGCUCGCUGGAUGCGAUCACGGUGGAGCCGAUGGCAGCCGGCGAUGAUAUGCCAGUUGAUCUCAGCUUUGACUCGCAAGCGAUCCGGAUUGCACAUCGAUUUGGUGUCAGAUUCGAUGUUGUCACAUAUAACGUUCUGUUAGCACAGCUAUCCCGGCGCGUAUGUCAGAUCAUUGCUGGUUUAGAGUCUGGCAGAGUCGAUUUGUUUGCCACAGCCAUGCAUCGCCUCUAUCUACGAAUGCACGACGAAGGAAUCAUGCUAGACGAAAUGACGCUGGCUCACCUGGUGCCGGUGUGGCUACGCGCUGGGCACUUGGAGUUGAUUCGGAUGCACUGGCAUAUGUGCGUUCAGGGCAGAACUACGAGCAAGACUGCGCAGGCAAAGCGACACGUUCUGCAUCAGAUACGGCGCUGGAAUAUGAAUGACUCGGCCAUAGAGACCCUGCUAGACAUACCACUGCCACCAAAAGAAUAG